AUGCGGGUAUCGGUUUUCCUAGCCCAACUAGCAGCUCUAGCCGUGGCUGCACAAGGUCGAAGAGACUUCCGAGCUCUAAAGUCAUCGCCCCUAUCAUCUGAAGACUCGUUCGUGUUCGAUGGCACCAACUCCGACAUCGCCCGACAGCUCUACACCCGCCACAAAGCCGGCGACACGAGCGACGCCGUCUCCCUCACCUCCGUCCCCCGUGCCUUAAGCGACCGACUCGAUCCCUUGGGCAUCAAGUUUGACGAUCUUCCGGGCCUUGUGCAGCGCGCCGUGCUCUGGGAUACGGGAUUCGGCAUCUCCCCGACCAACAACGCCGUGCAGAUCUGGACCAUGGACAACUUCACUAUGGCGGACAUCGCCAUCCCAAAGUCGGAGGUCGGAGAGGCUGGCUGCACGUUCAAGAACUGCUCGCAGCCGAACGACGUGACAGCCUACUUCACUCUGAUCUGCUCCGGGGACCAAAUGCUCAGCGUGGCGCGGUGCGUAGCCGACACGUUCGAAGACGACGGAGCUGCCGGCUACUUGGGCGCGAUGUGGUCGAACGGGGCCGCCCCGGACGUGGCUCCGCUGAUCCGAAUGCGAGAUCAUGCGUGGACUGACCCCGUCUCGAACCACUCGUACAGCGUCUACGCUGUUCACACGGUGCCCUCUGCGCUGGACGUGGCGUGGAACCAGUGCCCGGCCAACAACGGGUACGCGUCUGUGGCGGUGCCUUGCCACAGGCGAGACAGCUACUCGGACGAGGAGAUGGCGACGAUGACGGUGCCGACGGGAAGCGAGUGGGUCACGACGUGGCUGAGUGAAGAGUUCGGUACUAAAGACGCUGCCGGCUUGAAUCUGUUGAUGCUCGUGCUGAUCAUCCUGGGCGUCGCACUCAUUGGAGCGAUAGUGCUGGGCUGGUGCUGCUGGCGCCGGAGAGCGAUCCAUAAACCCGAUCUGACCGCGUCGCCCGCGUGUGAUCUUGGCGCCGACUCGACGUGCUACUUGGACGGAGGAACCCCCGAGCUCCCGAGUCGCCCCACGACGUAUUCUACCCGCGCCACCGCUCAGCUGUCCUGCUUCAGCCACUCGGAGGACUACGAGACUGCGGGGUCAAAUGCGACGCUCGCUAUUCUACUCCACAGCGUUCACCUGCAGGGCCGACGCGUUCCGUACGAAAGCCUCUCGUUCGACAAGUCCUUGUCCAAGGGGGCGUCGGGCGAGGUCUGGAUCGGGAGCUACGCUGGGCAGCAGGUUGCCAUCAAGAAGCUGCUGCAGUCCACGGGCCAGAAGGCGGAGAGCGUCCAGGCGUUCGCCGAGGAGAUCGAGCUCAGCUCCAGCCUCGUUCACCCGCACAUCGUCGAGUUCGUCGGCGUGGCGUGGAACAGCCUCAGCAACCUCGCAAUGGUCAUGGAGUUCUUCCCGAGGGGCAACCUACAGGACUACCUGCACAAGAACAUCGACCUGCUGUCGUGGGCGCGCGACCGCGUUCAGAUGGCCGUCGCCAUCGCCCAAGCGCUGCAGUAUCUGCACAGUCGGCCGCCCUCGAUCAUCCACCGAGACCUCAAGUCCAACAACAUCCUGCUGACCGACAGGCUCGAGCCCAAGCUCAUCGACUUCGGCGUGAGUCGAGGACUCGUGGACUUGACCAUGACGGCGGGGGUGGGGACGCCCUACUGGACGGCGCCCGAGAUCCUCGAGGGCAAGCGGUACACGGAGCAGGCCGACAUCUACUCGUUCGGCGUGGUGCUGUCCGAGCUGGACACGGGCAGAAUCCCCUACCACGACGCGGUGACGGAAGGAGGGGGCAAGGCCAAGCCCUUCCAAGUGCUGCAGGACGUCAUGGCCGGCAAAUUGCGGCCAAGCUUCUCCAGAGACUGUCCGCCGCGGAUACAACGGAUCGGCUUGGCGUGCCUCGCCUUUGAGCCUUCAAGCCGGCCGACCGCCUCCCAGUUGAUCGAGCAGCUCGAAGGCGACUCGACUGAACUCGUGUACUCGUUCUAA